AUGGACACCACCACCUCCAUUAAGAUGACCACUCUGGCCAUCCAGAACCUGUUCAGCUACGUGGAGGAGGAGAACCUGCCGGCUCUCAAAGCUCAUCUGGACCGAUUCAAGGAUGUAGACGGCCGCAGCGACAACGGUCAGACUCCUCUGAUGCUGGCGGCUGAACAGGGAAGUCUGGAGAUCAUACAGGAACUCAUCAGGAGAGGAGCCGACGUCAACCUGGACGAUGUGGACUGCUGGUCUGCUCUGAUCUGUGCAGCUAAAGAAGGACAUGUGGACGUAGUGAAGGAGCUGCUGGAGAACAGCGCUUACAUCGAGCACAGAGACAUGGGCGGCUGGACGGCUCUGAUGUGGGCCGCUUAUAAAGGUCGUGUAGACGUCACUACUCUGCUGCUGGAACAUGGAGCUAACACUAACACUACAGGACAGCAGUACAGUGUGUAUCCCAUCAUCUGGGCAGCAGGACGAGGACACGCUGACAUCGUUAAGCUGUUGCUGGAGAACGGAGCCAAAGUCAACUGUUCUGAUAAGUAUGGGACGACUCCUCUGAUCUGGGCGGCCAGGAAAGGACACUUUGACUGUGUGAUGCAUCUGCUGGAGAACGGAGCCGACGUCGACCAGGAGGGGGCAAACUCUAUGACGGCUCUGAUCGUGGCGGUGAAGGGAGGAUACACAGAGGUGGUGAAGGAGCUGCUGAAGAGGAACCCCAACGUGAACAUGACGGAUAAAGACGGGAACACGGCUCUGAUGAUCGCUGCUAAGGAAGGAUACACCGAGAUAGUCCAGGACCUGCUGGACGCCGGGACAUACGUCAACAUCCCAGACAGGAGUGGAGACACUGUGCUGAUCGGGGCAGUGAGGGGGGGUCACGUGGAGAUCGUCAGAGCUCUGCUGCAUAAAUACGCCGACAUCGACAUCAGAGGACAGGAGAAUAAGACGGCUCUGUACUGGGCCGUGGAGAAAGGAAACGCCACCAUGGUGAGAGACAUCCUGCAGUGUAACCCUGAUACUGAGACCUGCACCAAGGAUGGAGAGACUCCUCUGAUCAAAGCCACUAAGAUGAGGAGCAUCGAGGUCGUUGAGCUGCUGCUGGAUAAAGGAGCCAAAGUGUCCGCUGUCGAUAAAAGAGGAGACACUCCGCUCCACAUCGCCAUCCGAGGCCGGAGCCGCCGCCUGGCCGAGCUCCUCCUCAGGAACCCUAAAGAUGGCCGCCUGCUGUACCGGCCCAACAAGGCUGGAGAGACUCCGUACAACAUCGACUGCAGCCACCAGAAGAGCAUCCUCACUCAGAUCUUUGGAGCACGCCACCUGUCCCCCACAGAGACAGACGGAGACAUGUUGGGGUAUGAUCUGUACAGCUCGGCUCUGGCAGACAUCCUCAGUGAACCCACGAUGCAGCCGCCCAUCUGUGUGGGUCUGUACGCUCAGUGGGGCAGCGGCAAGUCCUUCCUGCUCAAGAAACUAGAGGAUGAGAUGAAGACGUUUGCGGGGCAGCAGAUAGAGCCUUUGUUCCAGUUCUCGUGGCUCGUAGUGUUUCUGUCUCUGUUGCUCUGCGGCUCCGUCGCCGUCGUCCUCGGAUUCACCGUCGACCCCAAACUCUCCCUGGCUGUCAGCCUCAGCCUGCUGGCUCUGCUCUACUUGUUCUUUGUGUUGGUGUAUUUCGGCGGGCGGAGGGAGGGGGAGAGCUGGACGUGGGCGUGGCUGCUCAGCACGCGGCUGGCUCGUCACAUCGGUUACUUGGAGCUGCUGCUGAGGCUGAUGUUCGUCAACCCCCCCGAGCUGCCGGAGCAGAGCACCAGAGCACUUCCUGUCAGGUUCCUGUUCACAGACUAUAACCGUCUGUCGAGCGUCGGCGGCGAGACGUCGAUGGCCGAGAUGAUCGCCACGCUGUCAGACGCCUGCGAGAGAGAGUUCGGAUUCCUCGCUACACGACUCUUCAGAGUGUUCAAGACAGAGGAGACGCAAGGAAAGAGGAAGUGGAAGAAGACGUGCUGCGUCCCGUCCUUCGUCCUCUUCGUCUUCGUGCUGCUCUGCCUGCUGACCGGCCUCGGGCUCCUCGCCGUGUUCAAGGUGGACGGAGACAACCGCACGGUGAACGCCGUGCUCAUCGCCAUCGCCAGCGUGGUCGGCCUCGCUCUGCUGCUCAACUGCAGGACGUGGUGGCAGGUCAGCGACUCGGUGCUCAACUCUCAGAGGAAGAGGCUCCACAGCGCCGCCAACAGGAUGCACAAGCUCAAGAGUGAGGGCUUCAUGAAGGUGUUGAAGCAUGAGGUGGAGCUGAUGGCGAGGAUGGCGAAGACCAUCGAUGGUUUCACUGAGCACCAGACGAGGCUGGCGGUCGUCAUCGACGGUCUGGACUCCUGUGAACAGGACAAAGUUCUGCAGAUGCUGGACACGGUGCGCGUGCUGUUCUCUAAAGGUCCGUUCAUCUCCAUCUUCGCCAGCGAUCCUCACAUCAUCAUCAAAGCCAUCAACCAGAACCUGAACAGCGUGCUCAGAGACUCCAACAUCAACGGACACGACUACAUGAGGAACAUCGUGCACCUGCCCGUCUUCCUCAACAGCAGAGGUCUGUCCAGCGCCAGGAAGAUGUGCACCGCCGCGCCCGCCAACGGGGACGCCGCCAACACCGACGGUUGGCACGAGGAGUUGGACAGGAAACUGUCUCAGCACAGUUUAGGAGAACUCACAAAGUUUGGCAGCAAGACGACACUCAACCGCCGGGAUACAUACCGGAGGAGGCAGGUCCAGCGCUCCGUCACUCGUCAGAUGUCGUUCGACCUGACGAAGCUGAUGGUGACGGAGGAUUGGUUCAGUGACAUCAGCCCCCAGACCAUGAGGAGGCUGCUCAACAUCGUCUCCGUCACCGGUCGUUUGCUGAGAGCCAAUCAGAUCAGCUUUAACUGGGACCGUCUGGCGUCGUGGAUCAACCUGACGGAGCAGUGGCCUUACAGAACCUCCUGGAUCAUCCUCUACCUGGAGGAGACCGACGGAGUCCCAGACCAGGCUACACUCAAGACCAUCUACGAGAGAGUGUCGAAGAACAUCCCGACCACUAAAGACGUGGAGCCGCUGCUGGAGAUCGACGGAGACGUUCGCAGCUUCGAGGUCUUCCUGUCGUCCAGGACGCCCGUCCUCACCGCCAGAGACAUCCGCACCUUCCUGCCCUGCACCGUCAACCUGGACCCCAAACUCAGAGAGAUCAUAGCAGAUGUUCGUGCGGCCCGUGAGCAGUUGAACAUGGGGGCGGUGACGUACCCCCCCCUCCCCCUGCAGGAAGCUCAGCCUCGUCCCACCUCCGUCUACAGUCAGGUAUCAUCAGCUUGUUCUCCCUCCGCCUCCUUCAGCGCCGCCUUCACUCAGCCAGCAGGGGGCGCCGUCUCCCCCCAGCCUCACAGCAGCUACUACAGCGGCCUGGCCGGACCCCAGCACCCCUUCUACAACCGGCCAUAUUUCCCCCACCAACACCUUUACCAGCUGCCACGCCCCCUGGUGGCGCCCUACCCAUCAUACUUUGCUCCACCACGUCCGUUCUCUAAAAGCUGCUUCCCUCGAGACGCUGCAGCUGGUCUGCAGUGUAAGGGUUCGUCUUUGAGAAGGAAGCAGGGUUCGGCCUCGGUGGUGUCUGCCUCUCCCUCCGUCCUCCUCAGCUCCAUGGUAACGGAGAGCGUGUGUGAGCGCGUGCGGCAGAUCGACGGCAUCGACCAGAGCAUGCUGGGACAGUACACGGCCACCAUCAGGAAGGCCAACGUGAACGGACGAGUUCUGUCUCAGUGUAACAUCGACGAGCUGAAGAAAGAAAUGAACAUGAACUUUGGAGACUGGCAGCUCUUCAGAGCUACAGUGUUGGAUCUGCGUCACAUCGAGAGUCAGGUUCUGCACGAGGAAGCCGCCAGUGAGACAGGAAGUGUGGUUGGCGGUCACACGGAGGCGGGAAGACGAGCCGUAGCUCCGCCCCACGCCGGCGCCGCCAACACGGACGCGUCCCCGAUGUACAGCUUCAACCUGAGCUUCGAAGAGCUGAGCAACGUCGGGCUGGACGAGACGCAGCGGCACGGAAACAUGCCCUGGAUGGCCGGUCCGCAUCGCACCGCCAGCAUGACGAGCCUGAACUCUCAGGAGUCGUCCAACGACAUCGCGAGGCUGACGGACAAGCAGCAGGCCGAGUACCGCGACGCCUACCAGGAGUACAUCGCUCAGAUGGCUCAGCUGGAGAUGAGCGGCUGCGUGGGAGAGAAACCGGUCCAGCCUCAGCCGGGUCAGUUCAUGACGUCAUCGUCUGAAGACAAGAGCAAAGACGAGCAGGACGGACGCAAAUCCUUCACCAAGAGGAGCGGCGCCAAACCGCCGGCAGACAACAACGCCGACUUCGUCUCCAACGGCGACGGCCUGGACCCGAUCACAGAGGAGGACGAGAAGGGCGACCACGGAUCCUCCAAGUCCCUGCUGACCAGGAAGAGCUCGGCGGAGCGAGGCGGGUUGUUUCAGGGCGCCGCGGACCUGAAGCUGAAGGCCGGCGGCGGACUGAGGUACCAGAAACUGACCAGCGACGACGAGGAGUCGGAGGAGUCGGACAACGCUCCGCUGCUGAAAGACGGCAAGAAGAUAACGGACGUGAAACCAGGCGGCGGCUCGCUGGCGCUGAAGGGGAAGGACUACCUGUCGGACGCCAUGCUGGACAAGAAGGACUCGUCGGAUUCGGGCGUGCGGUCCAACGAGAGCUCGCCGAACCACUCGCUGCAGGACGAGGAGGCGGACCUGUCCCAGCUGGAGAGAGCCAACCUCAUCGAGCUGGACGAGGAGAGUCUGGCCAGGAAGCGCGGCCUUCCCAGCAGCCUCAGCGGCCUGCAGGACCCGGCGGUGGCCCGCAUGUCCAUCUGCUCGGAGGACCAGUGCAGCCUGCUGGCGAGCAGCCCCGAGGAGAGCUGGACCUCCUCCAAGUCCUUCAACCUCAACCGCACGCCCAGCAACGUCACACUCAACAACAACACCAACCGCCCGCCUGCAGAGGGCUCCACCUCCUCCUCCAACGCCACCUCCUCCUCCAGUGAUGUCAUCAUCCCCCCGAGCUCUGGCACAACCGGGACUACCGGGACCACCGGGACUACCGGGACCACCGGGACCAGGCCGGGGCCCAACAACGAGAACGUGCGCGUGGUUCAUCUGAAGAGAGGUCUGAAGCCCGGAGACCCGCCGGAGAUCUGCACCGUGUCAUCUGACACCGUGACCUUCGGAGAGGAGCGGGAGAGCAUCCUGUGACAUCACCAUGACGUGAC